GGUUCACGGAUAAAAAAUUAAGGAAACCAGAAGGCACACAAUCUUGGUUGCUAAAUUUCCAGACAGGUUUUUCUAGGGUCUCAAAGCAUAGAAGAGAAGAAGGGUUGCAAUUUUUCAUGGGCCCUGUGCAAAAUGGCGGAAUGUUCAGCUCUCCAGUUUGUCAGUCCUUAUGCCUUUGAAGCCAUGCAAAAGGUGGAUGUGGUGCGUUUAGCGGCGCUGAGCGACCCAGAGCUCCGACUGUUGUUGCCGUGCUUGGUGCGAAUGGCCUUGUGUGCACCAGCAGAUCAGAGCCAGAGCUGGGCCCAGGACAAAAAACUGAUCCUCCGCCUGCUUUCAGGAGUAGAAGCCGUAAACUCCAUUGUCGCCUUGCUGUCUGUGGACUUUCAUGCUUUGGAACAGGAUGCAAACAAAGAGCAACAGCUUAGACAUAAACUGGGUGGAGGCAGCGGAGAUAGCAUUUUGGUGUCCCAACUACAACACGGCCUGACUCUGGAAUUCGAACACAGCGAUUCCCCCCGGCGGCUCCGUCUUGUGCUGAGCGAGCUGCUGGCAAUUAUGAAUAAGGUGGCCGACUCCAGCGGCGAGUUUUUUUUCAAAUCACCAGAGCUGUUUGAGAGCCCCGUUUAUUUGGAGGAAGCUGCCGAUGUCCUUUGCAUUUUGCAAGCAGAACUGCCUUCGCUGUUGCCUAUUGUCCAUGUGGCUGAAGCGUUGCUACACAUGAAGAACGGUGCUUGGUUCCUCUGCCUUUUGGUAGCCAACGUCCCAGACAGCUUUAAUGAAGUGUGCAGGGGCUUGAUUAAGAAUGGCGAGAGGCAAGAUGAGGAAAGCUUUGGAGGCCGUCGCAGAACAGAUGCUCUGCGCCACCUUUGCAAGAUGAACCCCUCCCAGGCGCUGAGGGUCCGUGGCAUGGUGGUGGAGGAAUGUCAUUUACCAGGACUUGGCGUGGCUUUGACUCUGGAUCACACAAAGAAUGAGUUUUCGGAGGAUGGUGUCAGUGACUUGGUCUGUUUCGUGAGUGGCUUGCUGCUUGGGACCAACGCCAAAGUUCGGACCUGGUUUGGGACUUUCAUCCGGAAUGGUCAACAGCGCAAGCGGGAGAACAUCAGCUCGGUGCUUUGGCAGAUGAGGAGGCAGCUGCUCCUGGAACUGAUGGAAAUCCUGCCCACGGUCCGCAGCUUGCACAUCCCGGAGGAGGCGGAGCCCGACAUGGAGCCCAACGUCUCGGUCUACUCCGGCCUGAAGGAGGAGCACGUGGUCAAAGCCAGCGCCCUCCUGCGCCUCUACUGUGCUCUGAUGGGGAUCGCUGGCUUAAAGCCGACCGACGAGGAAGCAGAGCAGUUGCUGCAACUCAUGACCAGCCGCCCUCCUGCCACUCCGGCCGGCGUCCGCUUCGUGUCGCUUUCUUUCUGCAUGCUCCUCGCUUUUUCCACGCUUGUCAGCACCCCAGAACAGGAGCAGCUGAUGGUGAUGUGGUUGAGCUGGAUGAUCAAGGAGGAAGCGUAUUUCGAAAGCACAUCUGGAGUUUCGGCUUCCUUCGGUGAGAUGCUCUUAUUGGUCGCCAUGUACUUCCACAGCAACCAACUCAGUGCUAUCAUCGACUUGGUCUGCUCUACUCUAGGGAUGAAGAUUGUCAUCAAACCCAGUUCGCUGAGUCGCAUGAAAACCAUCUUCACCCAGGAGAUUUUCACCGAACAGGUGGUCACUGCUCAUGCGGUCCGGGUGGCCGUUACAAGCAACCUGAGUGCAAAUAUCACCGGGUUCCUGCCCAUUCACUGCAUUUAUCAGCUUCUCAGGAGCCGGUCGUUCACCAAGCACAAAGUCUCCAUCAAGGACUGGAUUUACAGGCAACUGUGUGAAACCACAACACCCCUCCAUCCACAGUUGCUUCCACUGAUCGAUGUCUACAUCAACUCUGUUCUGACACCUGCCUCUAAAUCCAACCCAGAAGCCACCAACCAACCCAUCACAGAGCAGGAAAUCUUGAAUGUUUUCAAAGGACUGACUGGGGGAGGAGAGGCUGCUCGACUGAGUCCGCGUUAUGGAAUCACAGCUCAGCUUUUGGUCCUGUAUUACGUCCUGUCUUAUGAAGAAGCCAUCCUGGCCAGCUCCAAGACGUUGGCGGCCAUGCAAAGGAAGCCCAAGUCUUACUCCCCGGCACUGAUGGACCAGAUCCCAAUUAAAUUCCUCAUCCGGCAGGCUCAAGGGCUGCAGCAAGAGCUGGGAGGCUUGCAUUCUGCACUACUGCGCCUCCUGGCAACCAACUAUCCCCACCUUUGCAUUGUGGAUGACUGGAUCUGCGAGGAGCACAUCACGGGCACCGAUGCUUUGCUGCGCAAGAUGCUUCUGACCAACGCUGCCAAGAAACACUCCCCUGAGCAACUGCAGGAAGCUUUUUCAGCACUGCAAGGCAAUCACACUCAAGUCUUGCAGAUUUUGGAGCACCUGACCCUGCUCUCAGCUGCCGAACUAAUUCCUUACGCAGAGGUGUUGACGUCCAACGUGCAUCAGCUGCUCUAUCCUGGAGUCCCUCGGCGAAUUCUCCAGACCGUCAACAGGGUUUGGAUGGCGUUGAACAUGGUCAUGCCUCGAAGGUUGUGGGUAAUGACCGUGAAUGCCCUGCAGCCAUCUCUCAAAGUGGUCAGACAGCAAAAGUACACUCAGAAGGACCUUCUCAUUGACCCCCUGAUUGUGUUAAGAUGUGAUCAAAGGGUCCACAGGUGCCCCCCUCUGAUGGAUAUCACUCUGCAUAUGCUGAAUGGCUAUCUUCUGGCUUCGAAAGCCUACUUAAGCGCCCACCUCAAAGAAACUGCGGAUCAAGAUGUCAGGCCUUUGCAAAACAACUUAAUGGGUUUGGAAGCCCCAGAGGUGACCCGGGAAGAGCUGAAAAACGCAUUGCUAGCAGCCCAGGAUAGUGCUGCGGUGCAGAUCCUUCUGGAGGUUUGCUUGCCUUUGGAAGAAGAAACCCCUCCAGGUAGUAGGCCCAGCAGGCUGCUGAAGAGCCAGCCAGGAAGUGCUGAACGCAGUCCUCGGAAAAAGCAGGUGAAAGAGGAAGAGGAGGAGGAGGAGGAGGAGGAAGGAGACAGAGAGGAAGUAGAGGAUAGCCUUCUGUGCAACUUGCGAGAAGUCCAGUGCCUGGUCUGCUGUCUUGUACACCAGAUGUUCAUCGCUGACCCCAACAUCGCUAAGCUGGUUCACUUCCAGGGCUACCCUUGCGAACUGCUUCCCCUAACAGUGGCUGGCAUCCCAUCUAUGCACAUCUGCCUGGACUUCAUACCUGAACUGAUUGCUCAGCCUGAACUGGAGAAACAGAUUUUUGCUAUCCAGUUGCUUUCUUACCUGUGCAUUCAGUAUGCCCUGCCAAAAUCCCUCAGCGUGGCACGUUUAGCUAUCAAUGUCAUGGGGACCCUCUUGACAGUUCUCACCGAGGCCAAGCGCUACACCUUCUUCAUGCCCACCCUGCCCUGCCUGGUCUCAUUCUGUCAAGCCUUCCCUCCGCUCUACGAGGACAUCAUGUCCCUCCUCAUUCAGAUCGGACAAGUUUGUGCUUCAGAUGUUGCCACAGAAACGAGGGAAUUUGAUCCAAUCAUCACACGCCUCCAGCAACUAAAGGAAAAGCCUACAGAACAGAUGAGACUUCCUAAGAGUCUGUCUCACAAAACUGGAGGAGGGACCACCAGCACAGACCCCAAUGUCCAGCUCUGUCAGUGCAUUGAAAACACCUUGGUUGAAAUAAUCAACAUGAGCGUCGGUGCCAUUUAAGCACGCCAGGAAUGGUAGGGCUGUCGCCGAGGAGUGGGACAUGUGUGGACUUUUGCCAGAGUGAAACUUCGUCAGCCAAAGCGAAGCAGAGGAUCGUCUGGGGACCCGCAGGACAUUUUUCACCGCAGUGGCAUUAACAGAAAGUAACAACGGCUGCUUUCAGAGAAAGCAUCUCUAGACCAGGAUGAAGAAGGUUCAUUUGCUCCAGCCAGAGCCUCUCCAGAUGGCCAUCCUGGCUGGAGAUCCUGAGAACUGUACCAGGCAUCAAGGGUGGAAAGCUGGUCUUGUGUUACCCUUCCCCAGAGGGAAUCCAGGUUUGCUUCAGUUUCAAAGAGAAGGCCAUCGAAAUAAUGAUCCCGAAUGUGCAAUGUAACCUCAUUUGGAGAAUUGAAUUGACCUUUUGUAAAAAUGUCUUAUAUGUCUUCCCCUGACUACAUCUUGGAUCAAAGCUGAAAAGGUUGAGUUGCAGAUAGAAUCUAUAAAUAUAUAUGGAGAUAACUUCAUAAGGGACAGUGGGACUGUGAAAAAAACUCCCCUCUCACCUCCCGAGCAAGAAGAGUCCAGAGGAAGCUGAUAAAGAGAGACAGACAUAAUUUUGGCCUUCAGAUAUUUUAGCAUAAUUUUGCUGAGAUUGCUAAUAUAAGUGGUACAAACCAACACUAUUGUCUUACUGUAUGUAUUGUCAAGACCCAUCAAAAUGUAUUUUUAUCAUGUUGGGUAGACUUCCUAUGGACACUGAUGUAAUAUUUGUACAUAAGAGUUUUUGUUUUCAUUUCUGCAAUUUUUUAACGUAUAAUUGGUAGCAUUUGAUUUCAGAUAGACCCAGUGGAAAGAAUAUGUUGCUUAUAAACAUUUGUACUUUUUCUA